AUGGCGACCAAACUCCUCUCCUGCUACCCAUGGACCACCAGCCCGUUUAUCGUCGCUGCGCCAAUGCGUGUCAUGUCCGGACCAGCCCUUGCCCUGGCUGUCUCCGGUGCAGGCGGUCUGGGAUUCAUUGGACCCGGCAUUCAGACUCAAAACACACACGUGGACCUUGAAGAAACACUAACCCUAAUCCGCAAACAACAAAUACAACCUUCCAGCUUGAACUCACACACAUCAUCCUCUCUCCUCCCGGUUGGCGUCGGUUUUCAACUGUGGGGUGACGAUAUUGAAAUUGCGACCGCGGCUAUCCAGAAGUUUAAGCCAUGCGCCGCCUGGUUAUUCGCGCCCCGCGACGGUCCAGAGGAAUACGAUACUUGGUCCCGCAGGAUCCGCGAGGCCUCUCCGCAAACACAAAUAUGGAUACAAAUCGGCACCUUGAAAGAAGCAAAACAAUUACUUCUGAUUUCCGAGAAACCGGAUGUCAUUGUUGUCCAAGGAGCAGAAUCAGGCGGCCAUGGCCGCUCGGAAGAUGGGAUGGGCAUCAUGUCCCUGUUUCCUGAAGUUGCGGAUGCCAUGGAAACCAGCCAGAUUCCACUUCUAGCAGCUGGUGGUAUCGCUGAUGGCCGUGGAGUUUCCGCGGCACUAUGCUUAGGCGCAUCGGGGGUUGCGAUGGGCUCUCGGUUCCUAGCUUCUAAAGAGGCCCGGAUUAGCAAAGGAUAUCAGGAUGAGAUUGUGCGUGCGACAGACGGCGCGUCAACAACGAAAAGAACUUUGCUCUACAAUCAUCUCAGAGGCACUUUUGGAUGGCCAGCGGGGUACAGCCCCAGGACCAUCAUUAACAAAUCUUUCGUUGAACAUCAAGGCGGCACCCCAUUUGAAAAGUUGAAAGAGCGUCACGAUGAAGCUUCGAAGCUGGGUGAUGCGGGCUGGGGGCCUGAGGGAAGGCUCGCAACUUAUGCCGGUGCCUCGGUCGGAUUGAUUCACGGUGUUCCAGCCGCCGAGACCAUCGUGCAAGGCAUCCGGAAGGAUGCACUGCAGAGGAUCAAGUCCCUUGGCUCUGUCGGGCUCUAA